AUGAGAGCCAUAAUAUGCUUGUUUGGCAUUUUGGCUAACGUCAUCAACCUCAUCGUUUUUAUCAGACAGGGCUUUAAAGACACCGUGAACAUAUCUUUAUUCAGUCUGGCCAUUUCCGAUAUAGGAUCACUGUUGCCGAUGCUCUGGAUGAGUAUUGGUUUUAACCCUUUCUUAGUAAAUGCUUAUCUGCCCUUUGAUCUCCAAGAUGCCUUGUAUCUCACGUCAGGGUGGCCACAUAUUUGCUUUGCCCGUAUCUCUGGUUGGAUUACAGCCUCCAUAAUGCUGGAAAGAUGUCUCUGUAUUGCUAUGCCUCUGAAAGUUAAAACAAUGAUAACAGUAAAGAGAACAGUUAUCGUACUCGAUAGCAUAUACGUGGCAAUGAUAGGUGCCUUCCUGCCAGUGCUUUAUGCCAUUCGCCUGGAGCCCCUUUAUUCUCCUCUAAAGAACGAGACCAAGUUCAGAAUCGUUUAUAUUCCCAACGGCUUAGCCAUAGAAGGUGUUCUAUUCUUGAUUAAUGCUAUCUCUCAGCUAACCAGCUUUAGCGCAGUCAUCAUUUGCACUAUAAUCCUUGUCCAAAACCUCAUUAGUAAGUCAAAAUGGCGGAAGUCUACUUCCAGUUCUGGUGAUCAUGACUCGUUUUCAAAUAGAGACAAGAAAGUUGUAAAGUUGGUUCUAUUUAUUGCCAUCAUUUUCAUAGUAUGCUUCUUUCCAAGUGCCAUUAACUUUAUAGUAUCUAGCUUCGAACCCGAAUUCAGGUCAUUAGGGAAAUACUGGGACUAUCUUGUACUGGCGUGGUCCUUUUCCUCUUCCUUGUCCGCAACGAAUUCCGCAGUGAACAUCUUUGUGUAUUAUAAAAUGAGUUCAAAGUACACGCAGAUCCUGGACAAAAUGUUCCUCCGAGGCACAGAGGGCUAA